AUGUUUUUUUUUUAUAAGUUAUUAAACAUUAACUUGAUAAAAUUUUGUUUUUUUUACAGUAUGGGAUUAACAAUAUCGAGCGUUUUAACAAGGUUAUUUGGUAAAAAACAAGUUAGAAUAUUAAUGGUCGGUUUGGAUGCGGCUGGUAAAACGACAAUUUUAUACAAAUUAAAAUUAGGAGAAAUUGUUACAACAAUACCAACAAUCGGUUUCAAUGUUGAAACAGUAGAAUAUAAAAACAUAUGUUUCACUGUUUGGGAUGUCGGUGGUCAAGAUAAAAUCAGACCUCUAUGGAGACAUUAUUUUCAAAACACUCAAGGUUUGAUAUUUGUCGUCGAUUCAAACGACAGAGACAGAGUUACUGAAGCUGAAAAAGAAUUAGCCAACAUGCUUUUAGAAGAUGAAUUACGCGAUGCUGUUUUAUUAGUUUUCGCGAAUAAACAAGAUUUACCAAAUGCAAUGACAGCCUCCGAACUCACAGAAAAACUCGGUUUAAAUCAUUUAAGAAAUAGAAAAUGGUAUAUACAAUCAACAUGUGCCACACAAGGUCAUGGACUUUGCGAGGGACUCGAUUGGUUGUCAAACGAACUCGCAAAAUAG